AUGAUUAAUUUAAUUAGGAAAUGCUUUCAUUUACUUUAUAUUCUAAAAAUUCUGAAUUUUUUUUUCUCGUUUUUAGGUGCUUGGAUUAUUACUGGUGGUAUGAAUACAGGAAUUAUGAAACUUGUUGGUGAAAUUGUUCAAAUAUAUCCAAGUCGUUGUCGUCCAAUUCAUUUAAUUGGUAUUUCUACUUGGGGUUGUAUAGCCGGUGUUCAACAACUUGAUGGUCAUGGAGAAAAUGUGUCUUAUCAUAAACCGACUAGUGAAGGAAAAGGCGUAGCUCCUCUCGAACCUAAUCAUACUGAAUUUAUUUUUAUUGAUGAUGGAAGUGAUCGAAAAUAUGGUCGUGAAAUACCAUUUCGUGCUCGUCUUGAAAAAGCUAUCUCAGGAGAUUUUUUUGCAUCACGAUCUACAGUAGCUCCUAAUGUGAUCAAGUCAAAUUUAACACCAACAUCAUCGUUACACCCAGAAUCAUCAGAUCCAAUACCUGUUGUUCUUCUUGUUGUUGAAGGUGGUCCAAAUACUGUUCGAACAGUUCAUGAAGCCGUUGUUGAAAAUAGCAUACCAGCUGUGCUUUUGGAAGGAACAGGUCGUUGUUGUGAUUUAUUUGCUAAAGCAUUCAAUCUUUACAAUGAAUAUCGUCAAGAAUUUGGACUCACCAAAGAAAAUCCACAAUCGGAUAUACCAGGUGCUUUAAGACGUUUUGAAGAAUUAAAAAAUAAACUUCGUGAAGCACUUAAACAAGAACUUUAUGCAAUUAGUGGUGCAGGUGAAGGAUCAGGUGAUGGUCGUAGUAAAAAAACGUCAAAAACUCCAGCGACUGCAGACGAAACUGCAAAAAAGGAAGUUGAUACAACUGAUUAUUUUGAAUUAGUUUAUGAAUGCAUUCAUACUCAACCAACUUUUUUAAAUAUUAUCAGUCUUAAUUCACGGAGUCCAGUUGAACCUGAUAUUGAUUUAGCUAUUUUAGAAGCUUUAUUAAAUGAAAAUUCGUUUGCUUUUUAUUUUAAAGCUACGUCAGGUUCUGAUUCAGGUAAAACAAAUGAUCAACGAAAACAUGAACAAUUUCGUUUAGCUUUGGAAUGGAAUCGUGUUGAUAUUGUAAAAAAAAAAAUUAUGACAAAUGAUCGAGAUUGGGAGAUUAAGACUUUAAAAGAUUUAUUUGAAAUAGCACUCAAUAGAAAUCAAACAGAAUUUGUUAAACUAUUUCUUGAUCAUGAUUUUUCAUUAACUGAUUUAUUUCGAAAUCAUGACAAAUUCCUAUUACUUUAUCAAAAUAGCAUGAAACAACCUCAUCGCAGUUUGCCAGCAUCUAAUAAUCCAUUACAAUCAAUCUAUCAACAAGUAAUUCAACCAUUAAUAGGCGAUUUCUUUAAAAUUGAUACUGCUUCACGAUCACCGAUAUCUGCAUCUCAUACUCGUGUAAAUAUUGACAAUGAUGAUGAUGCACGUUCAUGUUGUUCAAGAUCAUUGGCAAGCCCAAAUAAUGCUGCUGGCACACUCAAUGACCUUGUUGCAAAUUCACCUUUAGAAAAUAAUUCCAAUUAUCAUUUGGAUGUUGACAAAGAACUUUUUCUUUGGUCUGUAAUAGAAGACAAACGUGAGUUUAAUCUGUUAUUUUGGUCUCGUGGCAAAAAUAAAAUCUGUGCUGCAUUAAUUGCUACAUUAAUUUAUAGAAAACGUGCUUCUAAAGAUAAUGAUAAUAGUUAUGAACAAAUGGCUGAUGAAUUCGAAAAUUUAGCUGUACAAAUUCUUGAUCGAUUUUAUCAAGAUAAUUCUCAUAAAUGUAUAAAAGCACUUAUACGACGUAUACCAGCCUAUGGUAAUGUCACAUGGUUACAAUUAGCUGCAGAAGCUGACGCUAAAAAAUUUAUUGCUCAGCGGGCAGUACAAGAAGUACUCAAUAAUAUUUGGUAUGGAUAUAUUAAUCAACAAGAAAGUGAAAAGAAAAUCAUCUUUUCGACAUUUAUGCUUUGGUAUAGUGGUUUUCUUCAAUAUCAAGAUGAAUUAGUUAAAACAAAUAGUCAAACAAAAUUUGAAGAUGAUUCAAAUCGUAAAUCAAAUUUGGCACAACGAGCUUCACAAACAAAACCACUGAUUGCGUUGGAAAAAGAAACAGAUGGUACUCAAAUGAGAUUAAUGCAUGGUGUUGGAGAUAUGAAUACUGCUCCUGUUCAUUUCGUCGCUGUCGGCUGUUGUGAACAUGUAUACGCUGCAAUUUCUCGAUAUUUUGGAAAUAUUUUAAGAUUUCUACGUGCUCCAUAUGUUAAAUAUUUAUAUAACUUAUAUUUUCAUGUGAUAUUUUUAUUACUUUUUUCUUAUGUGUUAUUAUGUGAUUUUUUUCCUCUGUACGAAUUUCAAACGGAUGUAUGUGGAUCAACUAAUGAUCCUGAAAAACAAGAUGGUGAUAAUAAUAGUCCAUCGGUGAAAAAUAAUGAUGCUAAAACUAAUAGUACAGUUCCAUAUGGAUUUCAAAAACAUGAUCGACCAGCUAAUACAGAAUAUAUACUUCUUAUUUGGGUUACGACAUUACUUUGUGAAGAACUUCGACAACUCUUCUCAUUCGAAGCACAUUCAGCUCAUAAAAAAAUAACAGCAUACUUUGAAGUUUUUUGGAAUAAAUUAGAUUUUCUAGCUAUAAUGCUUUUUUAUGUUGGUUUUAUAUUUCGAUUUGUACCAUUCACAGAAUGUUUUUGUGCAGCACGUAUUGCUUUAUCGGUUGAUUUAUCACUUUGGUUUAUACGUUCAUUAGAUAUAUUUGCAGCUAUUAAACGACUUGGUCCUAAACUUGUUAUGAUUGGUGAAAUGGUACAUGAUUUGAAAUUUUAUAUGCUUAUGUUAACUGUAUUUAUUUUGGGAUUUGGUGUAUCAGCUUAUAGUCUUAUUAAUGGUGCAAAUAAAUUUAGUUGGCAUUUACCACGUGACAUUAUACAUCUUGCUUAUUGGGAAAUAUUUGGAGAAUUAAGUUCAUUAAGUAAAUUUGAAAACAAUUACCGACCAACUGGUUAUACGAUAUUUGUUUUACUUGUUAUUUAUAUGGCUAUUGUUAGUAUACUUUUGGUUAAUUUACUUAUUGCAAUGUUCAGUAAUACAUUCGAUCGUCUUCAUAAUGAUACAGAUCGAAUAUGGAAAUUUCAACGAUACUCAUUAGUAUGCGAAUAUUUAUCUCGACCAGCAAUGCCACCUCCAUUUAUUCUUUUUUCUCAUCUUUGGCGAUUUGUAUUAUAUUCUUUAUCACAUUGUACUACAUCACAAUGGUUUAAAAUAAAACAUGAUCAACAUAAAAAUCGAACUAAAUAUCAAAUAAAGCUCGAAGAAAAAUUUGCUGCUAAUAUCGAAAUAGUUGAAGAUCAACUUGGUGAUGAAGUUUAUUAUAAUUAUAUGAAAACUGUUAGAAAAUCACCCGAAGAACAUGAACUUGAUGAAGAACGAGUUCAAACACCACAAGAUAAAAUGUUCAGUAAAAUGGCAACACUUGAAGAUCGAGUACGAAUUAUUAGUAGUCAACAAGCUCAUGUAUUAGAAUAUCUUGAUUGUUUAAUGGAGGGUUUGAAAAUGAUUGGUGGUGAUCAUAUUAGAGUGCCUGAGCGACGACGUUUAGAUCCAGACGAAUCAUGUAGCAUUUAUAAUUCAUCUAAUUAA